AUGCAAAAAAGAGAAGCUGACAUUGAUGAACCAACCUAUCAUCAUCAUGCUAUACUUUCUGGAGAUUAUUAUAUGUUUGAUACACCUGAAAGUGCAACUUCACUCAUUCAAACUGACCGCCAUUUAAUAGAAUCUCAAAAUCUAAUUAGUCUUCUGGAUGUAUUCGAUUGGAAAACUCAGGAUUAUCUCAAUAGCGAUCAACUACUGGCUAAAUCAUCACGUAUUCGUGAUAAGACAAACGAACGAGAAGAUGACGUGGCCGAUAACCGAACGCUACUACAUCAAUUCUGGAAUGCAUCAAAAAUGGAACAAAAUAAAAGGAAAGAAUCAAAACACGAAACACAUAAUCCAUCAGUAUCCAAUACUGAAAAUAUACCUCACCGUAUCGAUCUAUCAUCAAUCAUGAUGUUUUUUCAAUUGAAACAAAAUUCAGAUAAAAUUCGACGAGCUCUAGAUACUAUGAAUUCUCGUCUCAUUAUUUAUAUGGGCCAACAAAUUCGUACACUUUUAAUCAUAACUCAAGUUAUUUCAGAUGCGAAACUAUAUCUAAAAUAUCCUAAUGAAUCUGCUCGAAUAAUCACUAGCACUGUUCCAGAAAGUAUCAAUGAUUGCAUUAUAAAAGCUUGUCAACGUUCGCAACCUAAUCAUCGUCAAAACAACAACCAAGAAACGUCUUCGUACGGCUCUACAACAAAAUUAUCUUCUUCUAACCUAUUGAGCGCUCGAUUAGGAACAUCGCUUGAUACUAAUAUAAAAACAAAAUCCAUCGAAGCGCAUACAUCUUUAAACAUGGCAUCGCAUCCAACUAAUUCAUAUUCUAUUGCCGCGACUCAAAUAGAUAAGAAAAAAACGAAAAUGUCUAAUCAAAAAGAUCCAAUAUGCGAAGAAACACAACUAAUCAUUGAUAAAGAUUUAGAAAAUUUCAAAAAUAAUCGCCAUCAUAUUGGAUCCAGAACUAUAUUAUUUACUUUUAUUAUGUCAAAAUUUGAUUAUCUUACUUAUUUAACGCUCAUCAUUAAUUUUUUAGCAUCAGGAGCAGCUGUAAUUUGGCUUCCUCUUUUAGCUUCUAUUUAUUUUUGGGCUAUCCUUACAUUUCCUUAUCCGUCAAGAAAAUUUUGGCAUUUCGUUACAUUUUCAUCCAUAGUCAUUCUUGUUAUUCAAUACAAUAUAAUAUUUAUAUCACCCCUGUCCAAAAAUCUCUACAUUCAUCAUUCAUUAAUUGGUCGUUUAAAUAUAAUUGCUAAUGUUCUCCUAUUGAUUGUGUUGUCGUUUCAUCGUAUUGUUCUUCACCAAUUAGGUUUAUGGGAUGACUAUCGUCCUGCGACUCAAGAUUUAUUAAUAAAUCAACAAACUUCUAUACCAUCCAAUACGAAACUUUUUCGAAAUGAAAUCAUUCAAGAAAUUUAUGCGAUGUUCAAAAAUAAUGAUGGAAAACAUGAUGAAAUAAUUGAAAAUGUAAAUUCUAACGCACUAAAAAGAGAAAUUAGCAAUACAAAACAAACUCCUCAAGUGUCAUCAAUAGCUCCUCCAUUGGAGAUUAUAGACAAAAUUGAGUCAAAAACAUACGUAACUGAGGACCAAUCAAGAAAUGAUUCAGACGAACAGUCUGCAUGUUCAACCAGUGAUUAUGUUGACAAGUUGAAAUAUUUAAUUCAAGCUGUGAAGAAUUUUUAUAGUUUUGCCAUAGCAUGUCCAAUUGUACCAAAAGUUGAUUGUUAUUCAUCGAUGUUUUUAUGUGAUUUUAUUGUUAUUUUUUCAAUUAUUGCUGGACAUCAACGAUUUUCGAAUUCGGACUCAGUUCAGGACAAUAUUAUUUAUCGUUAUAUUCAAGGUUCAUCAUCCAUUGAUAUAACACCUAUUUUGAUGUUAUUAAUACAAUUCUUACUUAUUAUUGUUGAUCGAAUAAUUUAUUUAAAAAAACAUGUGCAUACUAAAUUCUAUUUCUUAUGCUUUCAAUUUGUUGUUCUUCAUCUAUGGCUUGUUAUUAUUUAUCCGAUAUGGUUUCAACGAGCAAUGCCAACGAAUUGGGCCGCUGUUUCAAUUUAUAUAUUUAAAUCGUUCUACUUUAUGUUAUCAUCUUUACAAAUACGUAACGGUUAUCCAACAAGAAUUUUAGGUAAUUUUUUAACAACCCGUUAUUCAAUAUUACGUUUACUAUGCUAUAAACUCUACUGUAUUAUUCCAUUUCUUUAUGAAAUGCGUGUUUUAAUGGAUUGGAUGUUUACUCCAACGUCAUUAUCGUUAACAUACUAUUUUAUGAUGGAAGAAAUAGCGAGAAAUGCAUGGACACAAAAAUGUUGGCGCAUUACAUAUGGUAGAUCACCAACGAAACGAGCAAAAAACCGCGGACGUUGUGAACGAUAUUGUAUCGGUGGUUGGAUUUUAUUUGCUAUCAUUGUUGUUCUUUGGUUUCCGUUAGUAUUCUUCAGCGUAAGCACUAGUUUAGCCGAUCCUAUUUCAAUUGAUCGUUGUGAAAUUAAACUACGGCUCUCAAAUUAUAAAGAAUUAUAUCAAUUAAUGACAAAUAACGUUCGAGAACCGACUACAGAUGAAUUUUCAACUGAUAUUCGCCCAUUAAUUACUAAUGCAUCGUUUGCAUCAAAUCCACGAGAGUUCGAACCAGCUGAUAUCGCUUGUAUACACUUACUAGGUCACAUUGGCAGACAAUGGACGAUUUCGUUUUCAGCAUUGCAUCAAUUAAAAGAAGAACUUAAAAAUUACAUUAAUAAUAGUCGAUCAACUAUACUUCAAAUAUAUUUCGAUUAUUCAUUUAUACGUAAUGGUCAAACAAGUGAACACGAUAUUUUACCUACAGGUUAUAUUUCAACUUUAUCGGAAACGCAUCAAGUUCCAUUAACGAAGGAAAAUGCAAUGCUACUAUUAAGAAUGCUUACGUCUGAAAAUCAGAAACAGACAACUAUUAUAAUUUCUAAAUUAAUGCCAAAACUUAUUCAUUUAUUACCGGAUAUGAUUGAUAAAAAUUCUCCAUUCUACCCUCAAGAUGUUCGGUUAGUUUUAAGACGAGAAGAGCAAUUGCUUUGGUGGGAUAUUUCUGAAGUUGUGACGAACGAUUGGAAAAAUAAAUGUUCAUUUGAUUCACAAGCACUUAAUCUAAUCACUGUUUCAGAACGAGCUGGUGCUCAAUCAAAAAGUUUUAAUUUAAUAUCAAAAUUACUUAUUGGUAAUAACGCAAAAUUAACCUUAAUUGGCGUUUAUGCCGGUCUUGUUUAUGUCUUAUGGUUAACAUGUUUUCGUAAAACCUUAUUUUCUGAUAUUCAAUUGAUCAUGUAUCAUGAAUGGCCUUUUGCUGAUCGCGUUGAAAAACUAUGUGAAGAAGUUUAUCUAGUACGCGAGCUUGGUGAAUUACAAUUAGAAGAAGAAUUAUUUGCUCAACUUAUUUUUCUUCAUCGUUCACCGGAAACACUUAUUCGAUUUACACGACCCAAAUCAGCUAGUAGAAAACAGGAACAUUAUCAAAAUCAAAAUCAACAUUUACAUCAAAAUUAA